AAGCCAUUAUUUUGCGCUAAAGUAGCUGCAAAAUAUGUUUUUUUCCAUUGGAUCUAGACUGGUUAACCAUCAAUGAACCCUCAGAGGCUAUAACCAGAAGUGCGGAGAGCUUUCUCCGCAGCAAUGCAAUGAAGUCCCCUUUGCUCCUUUCAAUGGACAUAAGGCAAAGCCCUAUUGAGCAGGACAUGGCCAUCAUCUCCUUUUACAAGCGGCCUCGUGUGGAAUGGGCACGGCCACUGAACUGCUUUCUUGGAGGAGAUGCUGCUAUUGGACUGGGUGUAACUCACCAUUUUUUCUCCAUAUGCAUGGAAAAACUAAAGUCUGGAUUUUCUUUGAGUUUCGCAAAAACCAAUGUAACACCCCUUUUUGAAGGAGAACCUGGUCAUUUGAUCCCUUCAGCCUCUCCGUUUCUAAUGAACAGUGACAUGUUCAUUGUAGCAGGGAGAAUUGUGGGGCAUUCUUAUCUUCAUGGAGGACCCUGUUUGUCUGGACUCAGUGAUGCGGUUGUCCAUGUGCUGCUUGGUGGGAGCUUAGAAACAGCCACAGUAAACCUGGAAGACUGUCCAGACUUUGACAUUCGCGAAACUAUCAUGCUUCUGGAAGGGGAGUUAAGCCUAUCAGAAGAAGAAACAGAAAGGGUCCAGAACUUGGUCUCUUCCUGGGACCUCCCGCCACUAAACUCAACCAACCGGGCAUUGGUUUUUGAAUCACUUUUGUUCCAUGCUGUGAGUGAAAGAAAUUUGUAUUUCAUGUAUUUCCAACAGUUGGUCCAGCCAAAUGCAUUGCAUUUAUCAACGAUUUCUGACAUUCCUACAUUCGCCCUGUUCGCUAGUUUGCCCGGGAUUGUUAUGCUUACAUGGCUGGUAGAGCUACAAUACAUUUCAUGA